GUAAAAUUCAGCUGCUGUUUAGAGACCAGCAGUUCAGCUGGGACAGUUUCAGCAGAGCAUCAGGAGGAGAGAGUCUGACUGACUGAGGGGGAAAAGGAAACAUAGACAAACUGCUGGAGGAAAAUAAUUCAUCUGACAGCAAAGAUGCAGUGGAGUCUGAUUCUGCUCUUCCUGAUGGCUCAGUGUUGCUUCAUUGACUGUCAGCUCUAUCAGUUUCACUACAUUAAUGAGAAUAAGACCUGGACUGAAGCUCAGCAGUACUGCAGAGAGAAUCACACUGACCUGGCCACAGUGACUAACAUGAAGGACAUGAAGAGACUCAUCAACAUCUCAGCUGGAGAUCAGAGGGAAGCUUGGAUUGGUCUGUAUGAUCCAACAAAUGGUACCAGAACAUGGUACUGGUCUCUGCCUGGAGUGGAGUUCAAUGAAAGUGAGACAAACUGGGCCAAAGGAGAACCAUGGGAUGACUGGAUUUCCAACUGUGGAACUUUGUGGCCCGAUGCUAAAUGGUCAAUUGUUCACUGUAGAUAUCCUGCCCUUUUCCUCUGUUACGAUGACAUGAACACAACCCAUAAGUAUCACCUGAUUGAAGAGAGGAAGACCUGGCUGGAAGCUCAGAGUUACUGCAGAGAGAAACACACAGACCUGAUCAGUGGAACGAAGCAACUACAGGAUGCAGAGAAUAUGAUGAAUGCAUCUGGAUUUAUAGAUUAUUGGAGAAAACCAAUAUACAUUGGUCUGUUUAGCAACCCCUGGAGGUGGUCAGAUGGAAGCGGUUUCUCUUUCGAACCCUGGUAUCUACAGUUUGACUAUCAACCCAACAGAGGUCAAUGUGCUGUGACUGUGUUUGAUGAUGAAGGCAGAUGGAGGAAUGAGGACUGCACUGAAAGAAAACCCUUCAUCUGUUAUUCAGAUGAUAAAGUGAUCCUGAUCAAGGAAAAUAAAACUUGGAAUGAGGCCUUGACCUACUGCAGAGAUCACCACCAUGACCUGGCCACCGUCCCCAACAUGGACCAACAGAAACAGGUUGAGGAGAAAGCCAAGAACGCAUCGACUCCUUUUGUCUGGAUUGGACUGCGUUUCAGCUGCAGGUUGAAUGUUUGGUUCUGGGUCUGUGAUAACUGGGCCUGGGAUGAACAGAAUGACUGCAACAUGUUUGGAUCCAUGGAGGCAGGAGGAGAGUAUCGGUGGUUCCAAAGAAACGGCAGCGAGAGAUUUAACUUCAUCUGUGCUGAUAAAUAAUUCUUCCUCUUCUUUUUACGAUCAGCUUUUUAAACUUUGUGCUUGUUUUCAGUUGUGGGUUUAAUAAAAUUCACAAAACCACAUUUGAAUUUUGCCACGGAAUGAUCUGUUACGCAGAAUUUUAAACUAGAUGUUAUUUGCUUUGAAGUGAAUUGUUGAGAUUUUAUGUUGUUUAUCUUGUCUAAUAUAUUGUAAAGACAUAUGUUGUUGUUGUUGUUGCCUUUCCGAUAUUUCGCGACUGUUAGCGUCUGCUCACCUUUGAUAAAAUUUUGUUGUGAUUUAAAACAAGAUCUUAAUAAAUGAUUUGAAAACUUU